AUGAAGAUCAUUAAAUGCAACUGUUACAGUGGUGGGAACAGUCUUCAGUUGUCCGCACCAGAGCCCUCAGACUGGGAUGAUGAACGGACGUGUCCCGGUACUUUCCUUGGAGCCAAGCUGGGCAGUCAGAUCGGUCACCUUCUUCUUCAGGGCCGAGACUUGGUUGCUGGCAGCCUGGUGCGCCUGCUUCUCAGUCUCCAGCUGGCCCUUAACCUCCUCCAGCUUGGCGGCGAGCGUGCCGUUCUCGACUCGCAGGUUGGGUACCGCCUCGGCCUCCUUCUCCGCCUCGGCCAGCUUCGUGCACAGGUUGUCUCGCUCGCUCGUCAGGGCGUCGACCGCGGCCGCCUUUUCCUGGAGUUCGGUGUUGCGCGUCAGGAGCUCCGUGUUGCGCUCCUGGAGGGUCACGACGAGGACCACGUUGGGGUCGACUACUUGCUCUGCUUUUUCUUCUUCGGGGGCGGGCUCUUGCUCUUGGGCUUUUUCUUCUCCUUGUCCGCCUUCUUCUGGGGCGGCGGCUUCUGGGGCUGGGGCUGUGGCUGCGUCUUUGGCUCUUCUGCUGGCGGAGGCGCCUCGGCAGGCUGCUCGGGGGCUGGGUCUGCGUUUACCUCGGCGGCGGGAGCGACGCCGCUCUCCUUUGGUGUUUCGGCUUCAGCUGGGGCUGGCUCCGGGGCUGGGGCUGGCUCUGCUGCUGGUUCUGGUGCAGGCUCGGGUGCCGGUUCUGGUGCUGGUUCCUCUGCUGGCUCAGGGGCGGGCUCAGGGGCAGGCUCGGGUACGUCUUCUGGCACGUCUUCAACCGUUACGGGCUCGGGUACGACUUCGGCCGUGACGGUCUCGGGCGCCUUCUCGGUCAUUUCAGAGAUGAUGGUGGCGGCAUCGUCGUCUCUGCUCACGGUGGACGCGGUGUCGCUCGUGAUGGAGGGGGCAUUGCUCUGGGGGAGGCUGAAGAUGCUAGAUGCUGCAUCGGAUGAGGCACGGAGGGACUCAUUCUCCUCUCGAAGGCCUAUCGUCCUGCUCCUUGAGGAGAUCCUGGACCUGAACGCGAAGGCUCUUGCCCUCAGUGCUCAUGAGCUCGGCCUUGUUCUUGAGCUUGCGGUACUUGACCUCAACCUCCCCGGCCUUGAUCUCGGCGGUGUCUUUCUCCUUCUGGAGCCUUUCGAUCUGAGACUUGAGCUCGGCCUUCUUGUGCUCGGCCUCAUUGGCCUCCAGCUGCUUCUUGUGAUCAUCAAGGGCUGUCUGGAGCUCCUUGACCUUGUCGUCAAGAGCCUGUUUCUCAGCCUUGAGACUAUCCACCUGCUUCAGCAGCUCCUCCUUCUCUUUCUCAAGUUUGUCAGCUCGGCUCUCCAGACCCUUGACCUCCUUCUCCAUGGUCCUGAUCUGGUUCUCCAGGCUCUUGACCUGCUUCUCAAGAGGAUCAACCUUGGCGCGGAUGUCGCUCUUGAGACCGUCACGCUUGGCGGUGAGCUCGCCCAGCUCGGUGGCGUUCUUGAGCAAGUCGCCCUCGAGACCCUUGACGCGGAGGUUCACGGCAUCAAGAGACAUUUCGAGCGUUGCGAUCUGCGCAACGUAGGAAGUCUCCUGCGCCUUCCUGAUGGCCUUAACAUCGCUGAGCUCGCGCUCGAGAUUGAUCGUCUUGGCGUCAAUCUCCUUGUGGAAGGUCACCUGCUGCUUGCUCUCCUUCUCGAGCACGUUGCACUUGUUGCUCAUGAUGUCGCUCAGCUCCUUGUACUUGUACAGGUUGGCCUCGGUCUCCUUGAGCUUGCUCUCCAUGGACCUCUCCGAUCCGGCGAGGUCAUCGCGCUCUUUCUUGAUGGUCCGGAGGGCGGCGUCGUAGUCCUUGCGGAGCUUCUCCUGGGUGGUGUCCCAGUCCUUUUGCGCCUUCUUGAGCGCCUCGGCGUGCUCCUUCUUGGUCUUCUCCAGCCUCGAGUCGCGCUCCUUCUCAAUCUUCUCGAAAGCCUUCUUCUGCUCCUCGGCCUUGGUCUGGACCUUGUCGAGCUGGCGGGCCCGGUUGUCCAGGUCGCUCGUCAGCUUGUCCUUGGACUGCUGGAGCCUGUUGCGCUCGGAGCGGAGGUCAUCCUUGUCCUUCUGGAGAUUGGUGUUGUCCUUUUGGAGGUUGGAGUUAUCCUUCUGGAGGUUGGCGUUGUCUUUUUCGAGGCUGACCGUCUUCUGCCGCAGGUCCUGGAGGUCCCGGUCAGAGGAGGACUGCUUCUCCUUGAGGAGAUUCAGCUCCUUGCGCAGGCUCUCCAGCUCCCAGACAUUGUCUGCUGGCUCCUGGUAGGGCACCACGUGCUGCUGGUGGACAGCAGGCUGUUGCUGGAUGGGAGCUGGCUGGUGGUAGGUGAGAGCCUCUGGAACCCGCUGGGUGAUGAGGGGAGGAGCUGGUGCAGGUGCAGCUUGGUGAGUGACCAGAGGUACUUGAGGGGCAAUUGGCGGAGAUUGCACCUUGGGCUCAAUGUGAAUGUGGAUGUUGCGAGUGCCCUGGUUCGAGUUUUGCGUUUGAACCUGGACCUGGGACUCGCUGUGGCUGUUCUCGGACCGUCGGCCAGGUCGUUCCCUACUGACACUCUGGCGACGGGAAGAUGUGGAAGUGCUGCUACUCUGCCUCGACUGCCUUGA